AUGGCCAUCAGAAGAGUCGAAGCCUUCCUCUUCCCACUUCUCCUCCUGUUACUCUCCUCCAGCUGCCUCUUGGCUUCAUCCUCCAAAUCUGAUCCAGAGAAGAAGCGUUGCGUCAUGGAGUGCAGAGGCAUUCCGGAGCAGCAGCAGAGGAAGCUAUGCGAGUACCAUGGUGCAGCCGGGAGGAAUCCACAGACCUUCUACACCAGUUUUAGCAACGAAGUACUGGAAGCUGCCUUCAAUACUCCGUGGGAUAAACUAGGGAGGGUAUUUCGGAGCCAGAGGAAGGGGGAAAUCAUAAAGAUAACCGAGGAUCAAAUCAGAGCAUUGAAUGAAUCCAAAACCGAGAGUUGGCCUUUUGGACUCUCAAAUGAGCCAUACAAUCUGCUGGAGAACAACCCUUCUCAUUCGAAUGAGCAUGGUCAAAUACACGAGGCCACAGGUAACGAGUGCGAGAUGCUCCAGGAUCUGAAUGUGGACGUAUCCAUUGCUAACAUCAGCGAGAGAUCAAUGAUGGCUCCAAACUACGACACCCGGUCGACCAAGUUGGCCAUGGUGGUGGAAGGAAGAGGCUACAUCGAGAUGGCUUGUCCCCACCGCUCCGCCGAGCGACGCAGAACCCAGGAGGAGUCGGGAUCCCAAGGAGAGCAGCGCGUCCGCUAUCGGACCGUGAGAUCGCGAGUCUCCCGUGGGUCGGUGUUCGUGAUCCCCGCAGGGCACCCGGCUGCAGUUGUGGCCGCUGCGAACGAAAACCUUCAGGUCCUCUGCUUCGGGAUACGGUCGGAGAACAACCGGAGGUACUACCUCGCGGGGAGGAACAACGUGCUGAACAGACUCGACAGGGCUGCGAAGGCGAUGGCCUUCGGCGUCCCGGCGGAGGAAGUGGAAGAGGUGCUCAAUGCGCAGCCGGAGAGCGUGUUCAUGCCCGGUCCGGAGCGCCGGCGGGAAGAAGAAGAGAAGCGGCGGCAGCUUGUCUUCAAAUAUGCCGGGUUUUGAGUGAGUUGUUGAGCUUGUGGGUAGGGAAUCCUGUUUGGGUGAACGACGAUGAGUGCGAGAAGGAUAAAUUGGGGCACCGACAAGUGCUUCUGCAGUUCGAAUAAAGAAGGCACUUACUUUGCGUGCUCCAACAUGUGUUUCUACAUGUUGUUUAGGUGAUCAAAUCCGCUUCUACAGUUUCCGCUGCUCUUCCCACUUCAGCUACAUGUGUUUUUUACGGGUUGCCAACUGAUCGUGCGUUCACGUUUGACG